AUGCAGCCGGAAGACUUCCAAAGAAAUUUUUCACCUAGACAAAAUGGAAGGGUGUACCUGCUGUAUGAAAUCAGGCGGAGAAGACGUGCCAUCCAGAGGAACUGGUGCUCAAACAAUCAUGAACAUGCUGAAAUCAACUUCCUGGAAAAUCAUUUCAAUAGCAGGCCACGAACUCCUUGCUCCAUCACCUGGUUCAUUUCAUCUAGUCCCUGUGGAAACUGCUGCAGAAGGAUUCUGGAGUUCCUGAGGUCACACCCUAACGUGACCUUGGAUAUAUAUGCAGCCAAGCUGUUCAGGCGCUUCGAUAUCCGGAACCGACGAGGUCUCCGCAGCCUGAUGAUGAAUGGAGUCACUAUACGUAUCAUGAACCUUGAAGAUUACAGGUACUGCUGGAGAAAUUUUGUUGCACACCAGCCCGGAGAAGAUGAUUAUUGGCCCCAGAACGUCACUUUAUACUUCAUUUUGAAUAGCAUAGAACUCUUACAUAUCUUUUUGGACAGGGCCAUGGAUUUCAGUUAA